UAUAGCGGUUAUAUUAAGUUCGCAAACAACUUACGUAUACAGCAGCAUGAUGCGUGGAAUGUUGAUCCGUUUGGCUUUGUAUUUAGGAACCGAAACUUGGAUCAUCCUGCGCAUAUUAUCAUUUGCGUCAUGUGAUAUCCAAAUAACCAGCAGCAACGUUUCCCCACAAAGUUUUAAUUUGACAUGCCAAUGGACGGAUAAACACGCCCGUGCUGUUUUAUUUUUCAAAAGGUCUAUUAUUCAGUCGACAAUUACGGGUGUUGUUGCUGACAAUACAUUUUACAGUGCUUUGCAAAUACCUGAUUUUGAUAAGAAUUGCGAUAUAAAAUGCGUCCCACCCCUAACAGCUGGUUGUAAAUGCUUAAACAAAUAUUGCGUACAGUGCACGUUGAAUGUCCGACUUGAUAAACAGCAAGUUGACCAAUGGAAGUGUGUCGUUCAGUAUGAAGGAAACAUGACUUCCAGCAACGCUAUCAACGUCACGUAUGGUGAACUUUUACAAAUAACGCGGUUUGAAGUUGAAAUAUUUGACACCGUGUCCAAUGUUUCACUUAUUGAAAAUACAACCGCGGAAAUACGUUGCGUUGCUGAAGGCUGGCCGGUGCCUCGUAUGAGUCUGAUCAAAGGCAAUCACCCAGUCACAGAUCAAUAUGAAUAUGAAGCAGAGAGAGAAAACACUAUUUAUAUUCAUUACCAGAUUAAACCAGCUCGUCGCUAUCAUUCCGGCAAAUAUAUAUGUGUGGUAUCAAAUGUACAUCAGGAGCUUUCAAAGGAGUUAAAUUUGAACAUUUUGUAUCCUCCAACUGUUUUGAGCAUCGACAAUGUAUACCUUAAAGAAGGAGACACUUUUACCAAAUCGUGUAAAUAUCAACUUGGAAAUCCCCCAGAAACGGCGAUUCGAUGGACCAAAGGCGAUGGUGCAUUUUCAAACGAGAAUCUGUUGAUAAAAUCAGUUGCAAGAACUGACGCUGGAAUCUACACUUGCACAGCGACCAACUCAGAUGGAAGGAAUUAUACUGGAACCGACUCUAAGCAGUUUUCCCUACAUGUGCAGUACCUUCCCGUUGUGCAAAAAUUUCAAAUAGAUACAUUUGACGGCAUUUCCAACGUAACCGUACAGGAAAACGACACCGUCAUAUUUGACUGUGUCGGAAAAGGUUUUCCCCCGCCAGAUCUUAAACUCAUGAAUAAUAAUUUACAACUUAACGAAAUCGUUGGUGAAAGCGCACAAAACACGACCACUGGUAUUCAGCAUGUAAUAACGCGUGCUAGAUGCAGUCGAUUAGAAAAAUACACCUGUACGGCGUCUAAUGCCAUUGGAUUUGGUGGAAGGGAUCUUUACCUGAGUGUCUUGUGUCCGGUUCGAAAAGAUCUUAAAAGAACAGCAGCUGAUAUAAACAAUAUAGCUUUACGUAAUUUGGGCGAAGAAGUGACGUUUGCCUUUUUCGGAUUCGCUAAUCCACUACCAAACAUUUCUGAUUAUAUCUGGAGAAAAUGCACGGACAUCAGUCCAUCAUGUUCUGACAUCGCACUCAGUCCUAGAGUUACUGACACGAACUUAGUAAGUAGCAAUCUUACGUUGGAAAAUAUCACAGAAUCAGAUUACGGGAUGUACAUGUUGCAAGUGGGCAAUGGUAUUGGAAAGACGCAUACCGAGUUGUACUUCCUGAAGCGUCCUGGUACAUCCAUGGUUGAAGACUCAAGUGUCACAAAAGCCCCAAAAGAACAUGUUAAUGUUACAAAUAACAUAUUAGCAGGAGCAAGCGCGUUGGUUGUACUUGUGAUAACCGUUGCUGUUGCAUGUGUGUGCCGGUUUUACAGACGGAGUCUUGGGAGUCAUGUAACAGAAAACGUCGUUCCUGUGAACAACCCCGCAAUAGAAAGGCGCUUAAAACGAAAUGUCCGACCGCCUUUCAACGGAGUGAUGAGUAGGAUUUAUGAUGAGAUUGAUCCUGGGAUAUUUGUUUCCGAGAGUCCGCUAGCAAAUGAGGAUGCGCGUAUGCCCUUGCAAGGAUUAACAAAGGUAGAACGCUAUGAGACGCUAGAUCGCUCGGGGUUGAGAGAUGAAUCUAAAUACAAUACGAUUGUUUCUUGUUGAUAGCAGUAAGCGGAGAAAGUACUUUUAAUUCGUUUGUUGCUGUUUAAAUAUGAAGCAAAUCAGAAACUAUACGAUUUGGGUAAGAAAACUUUUCUUGUACAAGUCCGUACUACAUUUAGUACAUACGAAGUAAAUCAGAAGAUUAAUGUCAUCAAGAAGUAGUGAAGUGUGUAUUUAACUCAGUGAAGUGUUGACAAUUGGUACGGCCACUUGUUAAUGUGUCGACGAUCAGGAAAUGAAAUACAACGGCUGCGAGAUUUAUCAUAUUAUGUUUUUUAACAGGCCUUUUACUUCGUUGUGAUUUGAAAGUAUGUUGUUUUAAAUUCUAUAAUAUGCUGCACCUGUAAAUAUUUACAUUUUUAUCAUCUUUUACACGCAUUACUUAUAUCAUUGUCUUAAAAGUAUUGUAGAUAUCAUUUGUUUGCAUUCUCAUGUUUAUUCUUUAACUUUCUAGUUGCAAAUAUACAUCGUCUAUAUCUCGCCAUUAAACACUUUGUAGAAUUAACCAGUAUGCUUCCAUAAUAGAAGUGUGUGUCAAUGUCAAAUACCCUAAUUCGGAUAAAUCGCCUACUAUAUUUAUUUAGUGAAUUUAGCAUCGUAACAACUCGUGUCAGAACCGGUGCAUCAAAAUAACGGACACGUUUAAUUAACGAGACAAAGUUUAAAAGAGUUUCGCCUUAACAUGAUGCUUUGCAAUAAAAAAUGUGUAUGUCACUGCAUGAUUUCCAAAUUAUCGAAGAAUCUUUAUGUUCUCAUUAUUCCUUUAAAACGUUCGAACAUGUGCAUUUCUCGGCAUUUAUAUUUAUGAAUUUGAGUUAUCCAUGCGUUUUAAUCAACAUGUCUGACGGAUAUAUAUACUCAUAGCAUUAAGCGAUAACAACAUUCUCCAAUAAACAAUGACACAAUGGCAGAAUCUACUUUCAGUGAAAAUAAUUUAACGCUUUAUGACACAAUGCUUAAGUAUCUGUCUCUGGUUUUACAGUACUGUGCAUGGAAACCCACUGAUUUGGUGAUAGGUUGACGCAUUUAUCAAAUCCGGGUCUGAUUAUGGUCACGUAAGCUGCACGCGGUUACUUGCCUUGUCUUUACAAACAUACCCAGCUCUUCAACAACGUUUCAUUAUAUUUGAGCCUCAUUCUGGGAAAACGGGGCUUAAUGAAUGUGCAGAUGAGCCUGUGAAGUCCGUAUAGUCUAAUCAAGGACAUAAUUUGUCGUUUAAUGGUAGUCUCUUCUUAGCCAAAAACCAAUGUGGAAGGAAAGAAACGAUUGCACAGGCUAACUUGGGACGACAGUUUACUCAAUGCAGUAAACCCGAUUUUCCAAUAGCGAGGCUCAUUUGUAUCUGAUGGCAGAAAAAACGAUCGAAUUUCGAGAUUUUGUAUAUUAUUAAAAAAAAGAACAACAAUUAGAGGACUUCUUUUUCCACGUGCAACGAAAACUAGAUCCGCACGAGACUCCACGCUCACGAUAGAUUUAGAAGUGUCAGAAAGUCAUGGCUGAGUGGUUUCAAUCCAACAACCCGUCUUAUUUUAAGUUGAUCUUAACCGUGUUCGAGGAAUCAUAACUAUCAUAUUAAAAGAAAUAGCAUUACAAGCGAUAGAAUUGAGAAUGAGUGUACAAUUGCUUUCUAUGGACUCCGAUGUAUACCCUUAGUCGGUAAUGUUCAUUUUUAAACUCUGAUAAAUGGUGCAUCAGAUCUGAUCUUAUCAGCAUGGAUUUUUGAAUUCUAUAUUUGAUCUAAGUUGUUUCCGGAGAUGCUGUAUAAGGCAAAAGCUAAUAGCAUUCAAGCGUGAUACGCUUUAACUCCUUGAAAAGCCUUAUGUCUGGUACUUAACCAUGGCGAAAAUGUAUACAAUGUAUACACACUGCGAUAUAUUGAACACAUCUCUCAUAGUUAAACAUUAUCACAUGCAUACCAUGCAGACGCUUUAAUUUGCAACGGUGUAUUAAAGAUAUGUGCAAUAUUUCAUAAAUCGUUAAAUUAUUUGUUAUUAAACGUCAAGCGGCCUUUUGUCCGGCUUUGUCCGCUAUAAACAUAUCAGUACCGUUUUGGACGCACUCACUUCAGCAUCGUAGAAAACUUGUUUAAGACGUGCUUACAUUUUACAAAUACGAUUGAAUGAAAAGGAAGAAA